AUGUUCUCCAGAUCCAUAGCACCAAGACUACUGAGUCUUGCUACAAAACCGCAAUUACCAGCAUUAAGAACAUUCACAUCAUCAAGUAUAACGAAACAAGAAACUAAAAUACCUUCAUUUGCUGAUAUAAGUAAAACAUUCAGUGAAAAUAGCAAUAAAAAUGAAACUACAGUUAAUAUUGUUGAACCAAAUGCUAAACAACAAAAGGAAAAUGUAAGCAAAAAAAUUGAAGUUGUACAUAGAUAUGUUUUAUAUGGUUUAUUUUCCAAAAAUAAUACUCAUUUAACUUUAAGUGCUGUAACAGAAGAUUUAAAUUAUUUGAAAAGAAAUCCAAAUUUAACUUAUAAUCAACAAGUUUUAUAUUAUGCAAAAUUACCACAAAAAGUUAAAAUUUCAUUAACUGGUGGUAGUGCUGGUUUCCGUAAAAGUGCAAGAGGUGAAUAUGAAGCAGGUUUCCAAGCUAGUGCUAAAAUGUUUAAUUUAAUGGCUGAAAAGGGUUAUUUAGAUCAUGAUUUAGAAAUUGUUGUUAAAGAAUUUGGUAAAGGUAGAGAAGCAUUUUUAGAUGCAUUAAAGGGUAAAGAAGGUAAUAGAAUUAGACAUAAAGUUGUUAGAGUUCGUGAUGCAACUAAAUUAAAAUUCGGUGGUGUUAGAGCUCCAAGACGUCGUCGUUUGUGA